AUGACAUUGGUCACCACUUUGGUCAGCACAUUGGUCAGCACCUCGGUCAACACUUUGGUCAGCACUUUGGUCAACACUUUGGUCAACACGUUGGUCAGGUGGUUGGUCACCACUUUGCUCAACACUUUGGUCAGGUGCUUGGUCAGGUGCUUGGUCACCACUUUGGUCACCACGUUGGUCAUGGCAUUGGUCACCACUUUGGUCACCACUCUGGUCAGCACUUUGGUCACCACGUUGGUCAGCACAUUGGUCAGCACCUUGGUCAUGGCAUUGGUCACCACUUUGGUCAACACCUUGGUCAACACAUUGGUCAGCACGUUGGUCAACACAUUGAUCAGCACUUUGGUCAUGGCAUUGGUCAUGGCAUUGGUCAGCACGUUGGUCAUGGCAUUGGUCAGGUGCACUUUGGUCAUGGCAUUGGUCAGCACCCUGGUCAGCACCCUGGUCAGCACAUUGGUCAGCACUGUGGUCACCACAUUAGUUAACUAUUACGCAAUCACAUACAACGAUUAA